AGGUAGCUGAAGAAACAAAUGUUGUAGCUUCUCCAUUGUAGAUCUGGGCCUUGGGGAUCGUCUAAGUGUCCCCUGUCUUUUUACAACUCAUGAAGAUCAUAAAGUGAAAGCAGAGAUCAGAAACAUAAUUGGCCAGGAAUGCAGGAAAGAAAGAAAAACAUUCCAUGCUUUAAAACACACACACACACCAUAACAAACCUUGACAUUAUGCAAACACAUUGGCGUCUUAUUUUCUCAGGAGGGCACUUUCGAUACCUAAGGUAGUCCAAGCCCCUUCAAUCGUCUUGCCUUAUCAACCAAGGGAGAUGCAUUCCACAGGGCUGCUCCCUUUUUAUGUCACAGCUGGCUGCGUGCCUACUUGCAAUUCCACAGCCUGCAAAAGAACAGCUCUCUGGCUGCGGCUGCUGCUGCUGGAAUGAGAAAUCAUUCUCCCCUGAGUAAAGGCUCCUGUCUCCAUUGCUUCGGGACUGGCACAAGAAAGCAAAACACGUGUGUUUCUUUUCUCUCUCAUAAUUGCUGCGAGCCCAAAGAUGACAGACUGGGAUUGUCAAGUCCACUCCCACUGCUCUCUCCACUUCAUCCUCAGAGAACUUUGGAAUGCCAUCCCUCUGGCAGCAUGAAUCUUAAAGGCACCAGCAUCCAUCCAUGUCACUGAAGGACUUCAAUUCACGGGCCUGCGCUUCCAUCAGCCAGAUGCUUAGCCAAUCCAGGAUGUUUGGCUGGCACCAGUCAUUCACAAUCAGUACUCCAUGGAAGAAAGGCAAAAAAAGGACUCCACUAUCUGAUAGCAAGGUGGUUUUGACAAACAUGAAGAUAAUAAGCAAUGAAAAAAAUCAAAAUGAAGGACUAAGACAAGAUCCUCCUACAACCUCAGAUUCUUCAGCAAAAUCUGGACCUCCUGAAACAAGCACCCUUCUGGAGCAUCCAGCAAGCCCAGUCGUCAUAAGCAAUACUCCAGUGAAAACAGAGUAUCUUACUACACUCUCUGGCCUUAACACAUUAACACCAAAACAUCACAUUCCAAGAUUAGCCAAAUUUGAAUCAGAAGACUCUGGCGUGGAGUUGCCAAGUGGAGCCAACUCUCCAUCAACACCCAAGGGAUCUGAAAAAAGUUUUGUGCUCCACAGCAGAGAUUCUUCUUGUGACUCUGGAGUACUGAGUGCCUCUUCCUCUCCAGCAGCUGACCACGUAAUUACUAGAAUAGGUGAAAACACCACAGAUGCUUGUCUGUGCAUUUCAGAUUGCAAAAAGCCAGUGGAACACUAUGCAGGGCAGUCUUCUGUAGUUUGUUUGGAGGAUGACCCUGAUUGUCCAGAGGGAAAAAAUCCUGAACAGUCUUUUCUUGGUGGCCCUCAAGGAGAAUGUUUGGAAGAGAAAACCAGUGAAUCCCUCCUCCUCACUAAACCUGCAGAAGAGAAAAGGUCUAGUGAUGAUUACAAAAAAGAAAACUUAGACGAGAUGCUACUGCAGGGGCAUCCCCUAAGAAAAUAUCCCACAAGUGACAGCUUGGAUGAGUACAUGGAUGAAUGCUGUAGGCUGAGUAAGGUGAACCAAGGAAAUGCCAAGGGUCACAGCUCAGGCCUGGGUUAUUUGGAGCACAUCUGCCAACUUAUUGAAAAAAUUGGGCAGCUACAAGAGCACAAUCUGAGAUUACAGAAACAAGUGUGCAGCUUGCAGAAGGAGCAGAGAACGAAUCAGCUAACAGAGGAGUAUUUUCUACAGCACUGUUCCUGUGGAGCUGCCAGCAUUUUGUUCAGCUCAUACCAAGAGGUGAAGAAUUUUUUUCCUGGGAAGAGCCGACCACACAGCCUAUUGGUUCAGAAUGGAAACACGUCUGACCUCUCAAUCAUUCCAGAAAUGGGAGGAAGCAAUGAAAAAUCAAACAAAGGAAGAGAUGCUCACCUGGAUCCAGAAAAUAACCAGCUGAUAAUGGAGUUAAAGCUGUCAAAUAGAAAGAAAAGUGGAGAGAAUGAGUACAGGGAAGGGUGUAGUGUGACUGAUGGCCAAGCUUAUCUGCCAGUGGAAUCAGCCAUGAAAAAGGGUGAAAGUCAAGCCUGGGGAAGAAUGAGAGACCUCAUGAGGAAGAGUAGGGGAAGGAACCAGAGCAGGCUGGGAUUAUCAUCAGCUGCCUUGAAAAGAUCAUGUCCUCAGCUCUAUAGGCCAGAAACAAUGUGUUUGGAUCUGAGGAAAGUGGAGAGGAAUUCCAUGAUUGCUUUGGGAGAAAGCUCAAGGAACGAAAGCAUUUGGCCUUUCUGAGGGGCAGGAGAUAAGAGAAAAAGAUAUUUGAGCUCUGAAGGUUGUGAUGCUGAAACCUGUCAGGAUGGAAUGACGAUUCAUAACCCUGCAGGAUGAUUUGGUAAAAGGAGGCAAAGAAACUAUUUCUGAGAAGCCAGUCGCCUCCCAUGUAAUAUGUUUGUUCAUGAAUUUAAACCUAUAUAUAUAUCAAGGCAUUGUUGGCUACAGUAACCACGUUAAGUUACUUUCUGGGCAAUUCCAUAAGGGUGGCCUGUGUUAAUCUGCUGUACCAAAGUCAAACAAGGAAAACCACUAACAAAUGGAUUGCAGUUUACCUACUGUGGAUUAGAGCCAACUUUAUCAAGCUCAUGCACUGUGUAAACCUUGACUUGGUAUAUCAAUACAAACAUUCUGAACAAUUUAGCUGAUGACUGCCAGUUCUCUGAUAUUAACAUUUUCAGGCUUGUUCAUUUUUAGGAGCAAUGAAAGUGGGUUCUCUGUUAAUAGUACCUUCCCUAUGGCCUGACCUUGCCACAGUAACAUGACAGUAAUUCAGAAGGUGCUGAUAGGGAAAGGAAUCUUGCUAGGGAGUGCGGGCUGUUUUUUUCCUUUAAACAAAACUGUGCUAUGUUGUUGGGUUGAAAUUGAGUGAGGGAAAGUGACAUGAAAACGUUGUGAAGUGGCAGGCACUAUCAAAGGAGAAGAUGGGACUUUGCUUGAGAUCUCCAGUAACCUUUUUUAAAAAAGGACUACAUGAGACAUAAUACUUAUGCACUACAGUGGAGAAGUAUCAUGGAAAGUUAUUCUUAAGGCCAAAAUCUGCAUAGGUAUUGUGUCUUUUGACAUCAGUUUGAUGUCAAAAGCACUAUCCAAUUGGUGACCACGAUAGUUAACAAAAUCGUGCUAUGUGCAAGAGAUCAUUAGCACUGAGAGUUCCAGCGAGUGGAGAGAAUAACUUUUCACCAGUUGCCACCAUGGGUGGAACUGUGCUUUCAACAAUGGUAGUACAAUCUGGAGUGACUCAGAUUGCAUGUCAGUGAAAUUGUAUAGAGUAUCACAACUGUAAAAAUACUCUAAAAUGGUAAAACAGUCUUUAAACUUUAUAUGAACAAUUUUUAUAAAAUGAACUAACCUCUUUUAUAUUGUAUGAAAGAUAAUACAUUUUCAUAAAUAUUUAAAUAAAAUUAAAGAUAGCAUAUAUUUAUCAAUAAGGGCCAAACUAGACAUGACUUUGUUCAGUCAAGUAGAAUUUUCUGUUCUUUUUAUAAAGUGAAUAGAAACUGCAGGGAAGGACGACAUCACUGGUAGAUGGGUUUAAUCCUUUCCCCCUGUUCUGUUUUCCUGAUUAAAAACUCUUCUCCCCUCACCCACUGCCAUUUGUUCCAAUAAUAUUAUAGAUGGAUAUUAUUCUGUAUGCAAAACAUACAGAUGUUAGAUGUUAUCUGUAGGGUAAAUAAACAGUAGCUGCUGGGGAGAUUUAAUUGGGAAAACAGAAGGGAGGAUGGGUGAGCCACUUCCUCCACAGUUCUGAUGCAAAUCCAUUUGCAACCAUUAACACUUGAAAAUCCUAUUUACAGCUCUCCCAUAUUGUGUCCUCAGAUGCUUUACAUUAUAAGCACAGGAUGCUUAAAGAAAACACCAAUAUGGAUAAGAUGUUUCUUAUGUCCUUUCUUUUUAAGUGUGUGUAGUACUGUGAAAAAAGUGUGUAGCGUUUAUUCUACCCCCUGUAUGUAAUAUUUUACAGAAAUCAGUGAAAGUUUUCCCACACAGAUUGACACUGGCUGCACU